AUGGACUCUCAAGGCCCCCAGGGGCAGUCAAGUGUCCCGGGACCGGCCGGUCGCCGCAUAAAUGUCGCCCAUCGACGUACCCCUUCCUCCCUCACCCCGUUACUCAUGGAACAACUCGCUUUACAACAACAAAUUGAACACCUGCAGCAGCAGCAACAGCAAAUUGCGCAUCAACAAUAUAUGAAUUUGGGCAAUAUGGGAAACAUGGGCAUGAUGCAGUCCCAGCAGCCUAUCCCACAGCAAGGUUAUCCCCAAAUGCAAGGAUUCCAACUCUCCCCGAUGCAGGCACAACAGCAGCUCGGAAUUCACAUGGGCAACGCAAACCAAGCUGGCAGCCAUCGCCGCAAUCAAUCAGCCCUUCCAAACGUUGGAAUGGGCCCGCCACCUGCUCCAUCUACCGGAGCAUCCGGCGCCGCAGGCUAUGGCGACAACGGCCAGGCACAGGGACAAAACAAUGGAAACCAUGGCCGUGAAAACAGCAAUCAGGCCCGCCGAGGUGGUGGUCCUCCAGGAGGUGGCCACCAGCGCCGUCACUCCCUCGCAUUACCCGAAGCCAGAAGGGCCGCGGAGCUCGCCCAGCAAAAGAGAACUACAUCGGGCUUCCAAUUCCCUAUCCCAGGCGCUUCUGGUGCUUCCCCCGCAGGCCAAAAUGAAGCUUUGGACGAAAAGCCAGAAGACAAUAGCCCCACUAUGGCCCAGCAGCAACCAGCUCAAGGUCUUGGCGUCCAGCGAUCAGGAAACAUCCGAGGUGGCGGUGCCCAUCUACGCAGUCAGUCUAUGGCUGUUGGCAAUGGCCGUCAAGCGACUGGUAGAACUACCCCAGGAUUCCAGUUCUCUCCAGCCGGCGAAACUGCUGGCCCUGCCGGAGCUGAUGGUGCACGACGAACAAGCCAACCUGGCCACGGUCGAAGCGGCUCUAGAAACUUCGACAGCAACUGGCGCCAGCAAGGUGGUGCCCAGGGCGGCCACAACAUGGGCCAACAGCAGCAGCAGCAACAACAGCAAGGUGGCGGUGGUUUCCAGCCAGGUCACCGCGCCAGAGGCUCUAUCAACCAGUCUGUCGGAAACUUCCAGUUCCCUAACCAGCAACAGCUUCUCCAGCUGCCUCAAGGCCAAAUGGUUAUGCCGCAGAUGUUCCCCGGUCAACCACAACAGUAUAACCCCAUGCAGUUGGCACAGCUACAGGCACAACUACAGAGUGGUCAACUCAACGGCAUGCAAGCAAACGUCCAGAUGACCCCACAGCAACAGCAGCAACAGAGGAAGACACUCUUUACCCCGUAUCUUGCCCAGUCUAGUCUUCCUGGUCUCUUGGCUGCUGGCCAGCUCGUUACCGGUAUCCUCCGUGUCAACAAGAAAAACCGUUCCGACGCAUAUGUUAGCUGUGCCGAUCUAGACGCAGAUAUCUUCAUCUGUGGUAGCAAGGACAGAAACCGAGCCCUCGAAGGCGACUUGGUUGCCAUCGAGCUCCUUGAUGUCGAUGAGGUCUGGAGCCAGAAGCGCGAAAAGGAAGAAAAGAAGAAGCGCAAGGACAUCACCGACACCAGAAGCGGAAGUGCCGCUGGCCUUGACCGAGGAGGCCGUUCUGAUUCCAACGCCAACGCCGAUAACCAACAAGUAGGCCCCGAUGGCAGUAUCCGACGCAGAGGCAGUCUCCGCCAGCGACCUACCCAGAAGAAGAACGACGACGUCGAAGUCGAAGGCCAGAGCUUGCUUCUUGUUGAAGAAGACGAGAUCAGCGAUGACCACAAGCCCCUGUACUCAGGCCACGUCGUUGCCGUCAUCGAGCGUGUUCCAGGACAGAUGUUCUCCGGAUCUUUGGGUCUACUCCGCCCCAGCAGCCAGGCCACCAAGGAAAAGCAAGAGCUUGAAAGGGUCAGAGACGGACACCAUGGACGCGAAGAGCGCCGCGCGGAAAAGCCUAAGAUCGUUUGGUUCAAGCCUACCGACAAGCGUGUUCCCCUUAUCGCUAUCCCAACUGAGCAGGCGCCCCGUGACUUCCUCGAGAAGCAUGCAAACUACGCCAACGACAUCUUUGUUGCUUGUAUCAAGAGAUGGCCCAUCACCUCUCUCCAUCCGUUCGGAACUCUUGUUGAACAGCUAGGCCUCAUGGGCGAUCUCAGGGUCGAGACUGACGCUUUGCUCCGCGAUAACAACUUCGCCUCUGAUGAGUUCCCCGCAUCGGUCCUUGACAAGCUUGGCUUUGAAAAUUGGUCCAUUGAUCAGGAGGAUGCUGAAGCCCUCCAAUCCCGUCGUGAUUUCCGUAGCGAGAACACUUUCACUAUUGAUCCCAACGGGACCAAAGAAUUGGAUGAUGCUAUCCAUAUUAAAUCCGUAGAUGGUGGAAAGGUUGAAAUCGGUAUUCAUGUUGCCGAUGUCUCUCAUUUCAUCAAACCAAAUACCCCUAUUGAUAGAGAAGCGAAGAAGCGUGGCAGCGGCGUCUACCUGAUAAACCGCGUUGUGAGCAUGCUCCCAUCGCGAUUGUCAAACGAAAUCCUGGCUCUCUUGCCAGGCGAACAACGUCUCACCAUGAGUGUCGUGUUCAAGGUCGAUCCCAAGUCUGGUGCUGUCGAAGGUGAGCCCUGGAUUGGUAAAGGCCUGAUCAAGAGCUCAGGCAAACUGAGCUACCAUGACGUUGACAAGGUAAUUCAUGGAUCUGAUGACGUCCAACUUGGCGGUGUUACGGUCGGAGAUAUUAAGAUGUUGUUUGAUAUCACCCGUAAAUUCCGCGAAGCACGACUUGGCCAUCGUUCGGAGAGGUUGCAACCUCUUCGUCUCUUGUACCAGCUUGAUGACGAGAAUGUGCCGGUGGAGCGUAACAUCUUCAACUCUACACCUGCACAUGAAGCUAUCGAGGAGCUAAGCUACAAGGCCAACCACUUCGUCGCCAAGAAGAUUGUUGCUGCCUUCCCUGAGAAGGCCUUCCUUCGCAGACAGGCUCCGCCAAACUUUAGGCGUAUGCAAACAUUCGUUGAGAGAAUGAACAAUCUUGGGUAUGAAAUCGACUCAUCUAGCAGCGGCUUGGUGCAGAACAGUCUCUUCAAGGUGGAAGAUGAUGAUUUGCGCAAGGGCAUGGAAACACUCCUUCUCAAGGCCAUGGGACGCGGAAAGUAUUAUAUUUCUGGCAAUGUUAGCGAGCAAGACCGGCCACACUUCAUUCUUAACCUGCCCAUCUACACCCACUUCACCAACCCAUUUCGCCGCUAUGCCGAUAUCAUUGUUCACAGACAGUUGGAAGCAGCUCUAUCUGGCGCAACAGACUGGCCCGAAGACAUGGAAGCCUUCGCUAAGUUGGCUGAUCAGUGUAACAACAAGAAGGAUUCUGCCCAAACUGCUCAAGAGCAGAGUGUGCACAUUGAAGCCUGCCGUGCAAUGGACAAGGAAAGACAGGAGAUUGGAAGUGAAUUGAUUGCUGAAGGAAUUGUCCUUUGCGUCUACGAAUCCGCCUUUGAUGUUCUGAUCCCACAAUAUGGAUUUGAAAAACGUGUCCAUUGCGAUCAGCUGCCUCUCAAGAAGGCCGAAUUCCGCAAGAAUGACCGCGUUCUGGAAUUGUACUGGGAGAAGGGCGUGCCAUCAUCGACCUACAUCCCCGAGGACGAGCGUCCUAAACCAGCUCUCAGUGCCCGCGCCGCCAACCAUGCAGCCGCCGCUCGUGAAGCAGAGGAAGCACGACAGAGGGCACGCGAGCGAGAGGAGGCUCAGCGAAGAGGCACUGAAACCAGCACAAUUUCGACUGACGCUGUUGAAGAUUUGUUUGAUGACGACGACGACCUGUCAGAAGUCGCCGAUCACCUUGCUGGAGUAAGCCUCAACUCUAAUAAUAAUAAUAAUACCGACCGCUCUACUCAGAGCAUGCCACCGUCCCCAACGAGGAACGGUGUUGCACACCCACCUCAUCGCACACAGUCUGAUCCCAGGAUCGCAACCACUGCUGGCGAGGCUACCAACGGCCAGAUGACGAACAGGGAGAGAUACGGACAUCUCUUCGAAUUGCGUGAGGAGGAUGGUGAAUACAUCCAGGACGUCAGAGAAAUGACUCGUGUGCCAAUCAUUCUCAAGAUUGACCUCUCCAAGAGCCCACCGUGCUUGACCAUCCGAUCCAUGAACCCCUACGCUAUGUAG